AUGGUGGCGUUCAGCGUCUACAAGUCGUCCAAGUACCUCUUCGACUGCGUGGCUGCGGCCCACGCGGCGCGGGCACAGCCGUAUCCGGCGGUGGAUUUGAACGCGUUGGAGGCGCUUGGACUCAACUCGGUGGAUGUGGUCAAGCGCAUGGACUACGCAGAAGUGGACAAGCUCGUUAAAUGCUGCCCACAACAUCCUCCGCAGACGAUCGUCGUGCCGGCGACGCAUGGUGACAUUACCCCGUUCCAGGAGUUCGCCAAGUACCUGAAAGCUCGACAGCGGUGCUCGCAGAUGGACGUCUGUUGA